UCUAAAAACAUGGGUAGACUCAGUGGUUGCAUUUUGGUACUACUAGUGUGCAUAAUAAGUGGUGGUGUAGCCCAACAAUGUGGCCGGCAAGCUGGCGGCAAAACUUGUGCCGGCAACCUGUGUUGUAGCCAGUACGGCUACUGUGGCACCUCCGACGAUUACUGCUCCCCAUCUAAGGGAUGCCAGAGCAAAUGUAGCGGUGGCGGUGGCGGUGGCGGUGGAGGUGAGAGCGCGUCCAAUGUGCGUUCAGCGUAUCAUAUGUAUAAUCCGGAGCAACAUGGAUGGGACCUGGGUGCAGUGAGUGCUUAUUGCGUUACUGGGGAUGCUAGCAAACCCUACUCAUGGCGAAGUAAAUAUGGCUGGACAGCUUUCUGUGGCCCGGCCGGGCCUCAUGGCCAAGCUGCUUGUGGCAAAUGCUUAAGGGUUAAAAAUACGCGGACCGGAGCUCAAACGACGGUGAGGAUUGUGGAUCAAUGCAGUAAUGGAGGCUUGGAUUUGGAUGUGGGUGUGUUCCAAAAAUUAGACACUGAUGGAAGUGGAUAUGCACAAGGUCAUCUCAUAGUCAACUACCAGUUUGUCGACUGUGGAAAUGUCCUCGAUUCCCUGCUUUCUGAGUUUCUGAUGGUGAUAAAGAUGUUCAGUAAACGUUCUGAGCUAGCUUUAUAAUAAAAUGUCAUGAGAGUUGUGACAACUUUUGGGGAUUCCACCACCAUGGGAUUCCUGGAAAUGGUUUCCAAUAAACUGCACUCUCACAUCUUUAGCAAAA